GAUUAAAGAACAAUAUCCAGUAGAAUAAUAAUUUCUCUUCAGCUGAUGUUGUAGAUUAUCUGCUGAUACUCUGUGGUGUGUUCAUAUUGUUUUGGGAUAAUCAUUAGCCAAAAUUGUAUGGUGGAAAUGAAGACUGUGCUAAAAUCGUGUCUCACGGGAGACUCACCAACUGGAGUGCUGUUUUGUGCGAUAUGACAGAACUUUGGUCAUGUGAGAAAAAGAUUCAGUAGCCUUUUGCUAUUGCCCUUUCACAAAUAAGCUCAUGUUUUUUUAAACAAUAAUUUGGUUAAAGUGAAUUUUGAAAUACCAGAUGCUGUAAAACUUAAUGUAUAUUACCCCUGUCAGCCAUUGCUGUAUAGUGAGUUCUUAGACUUAGAGGCAUCCGUGGUUUAGUCUAAUUCAGCAACAAGUAUAAGUUAAAGUUGUGUUAGAAAAAAAGAGUUCCAAAUCAACCCAAACCAUGCUGGAGUUUCAAAUGAUUAUGUGAAAUUUCUUUUUUAUAGCCCCACUUUGUGGGGAAUAUGUGAAGUUACUUUUCAUAGCCUCACCUAGUGGUGAAUAUGUGAAGUUGCUUUUCAUAUUAUUUUGAGAGAGAAAGUUUGUAUCAUGCCUUCACAAGCCAUACCUUGAAUUGCAUAUCAUAGUAACAUAAAAAUGUUUGGGCGCAAGAUAAUACACAUUUCAUAUACACAAGACAGUAACUUCUGGGCACAAGAUAAACACAUUUGUAUGUUUUGUUUUUGUUUAAGGCUUUGACAUUCAACAAUUGACAUCCCAUGUACAUCUUUACACCAAAAUACUUUUUAAAUUACAAAAGUGUGUGAAUCACCCAAGAGGGAAGCUGGUACUGGACUGAAGUUUAAGAGACAUGCGUCACAAAGUAGCUCAUAGGAACAUGUUUAGCAAGGGAAAGGCCUGGUUUGUUUCUGUCUCUUUGUGGUGAUGUUAAAGCUAAUGUUGAUGCGUUUGAUUCUGUGGAUGGAUUAAAUUGCUUAAAAUGUGCUCUAAAUGCGCAGGUAUAUACUGUAUAUGUCCUAUGUGAGACAUGUUCAAUUACUAAACACUAAAAAGUUCACACUGGGUCUAAUCACUCUGGAGCGUUGGUUUAAGAACAUUUGGCAACAGUGUUGUGCAAAGUGUUACUUCUGUAAAUGUCUUGAUUGUGAAAUCAUGAAGUUUUCUCUCUCUGAAAUGGAGUGUGUCACAGUCAUGAACGCAAAUGUUCGCAUGGGGUCUCUGGAGAACCUUGCUGCCAGCGCUUUCUUAUUAAAUGGAUUCCCAUUAGCCUUUGCAUGAACACCUGAAAUAAUCAAGCUUAGCUACUAGUGUUGCUAACAGUUUUUCUAUGUGUGUUGUUAAAGUUGCAGUCCUUGAUUAUAAUCAAUUACACUUUUUGUUGAAUUCAAAGAUAUUCUCCUCGUGUCUGUCUGUCCAGUGACUUAGAAACACUUAGAAACACUCUGGUGUUCGUGUACAGUUCUAGCUCUGUAAAAAGAAAAUAAACACAGUGGCUCAGACCAAGCCUUGCACUAUUCCAUCUAAUCAGCACCUUGUUUCAGGAGAACGGAAAGAGGGGUGUCAUUUGAUUGGUGGUCUCAAAUAUCAAAUAUUCGCCAAAUUGAGGACUGUACCUAUAAUGUUGCUGUUCUCAGAUACCAAUGGAAAGCGUAAAUUCAAUACAGUAUUUCUUCAGUGUUUUAGGGGAAGUAGGACAUCACUCAAGGAAUGGUUUCGAACUGACUUCUGCUUCUUCCCACUGCUCUAAUUUCCUGUUUUUGGCAAUAGUGUCAAACCUAGGACUAGUCAAUAAGAGAAACCAAAGCAAACACACAGUAGACAGGCAGCAUGGAGGUUACUGUGGACAUGAACAUCUAUCAGAACUCCAAUCAGGGCCAGCAUACUCAGACUCAGACCCCAGUGCGGACGGAUGACAGACGUUACAAAGAGUACAGAUUGUACAGUCUGGUUGCAGUGAGUUUUGGGCUACUCUGUGUUCUGCAAGUGACUCUCAACAUCUACCUGCGUCUUGUCGGGGGAUCUUGUCCAGAAGGGUGGCUGUCUUUUGGUUCCAGCUGUUACCAUAUUUCAGCCUCACACAGAAACUGGACUGACAGCAAGGAGGACUGCCACCAGAGGGAGGCAGAACUGAUUGUUAUAAACAGCCAAGAGGAGCAGGAAUUUGUGAAAGCACUCUCUGUGGAAGCUUGGAUUGGUCUCAGCUGCAGCGAAGAAGAGAGGGUCUGGAAAUGGGUAGAUGGUAGGCCACUGACCACUGGGUUCUGGUACCCUGGAGAGCCCAACAACAAUGGGAACAACGAGAACUGUGCUGUGAGUUGGCCCCGUUCUCCAUCUCUGGAAUCCUGGAAUGAUCUGAACUGUGACUCUGAAUCUCACUGGAUAUGCAAGACAACACCCUAGUCCAAUAUGUGAUGCCAGACGCAGACUGCUUUUGCGCUCUACUCUUUCUAUUUACAAUUAUCAUUUAAUAUUUUAAAUCUCAGAAUAAAUGUUUCCACAUUUUAAGCAGACAAAAAAAUAAAUAAAAAUAAUGUUUCAUGA